ACUAGGGCGAUUACAAUGCCUGUUUCAGGAAAUAAUCCCACUGUACCGUCGUCAGUUUGUAUUGAAAAAAGGAUGGUUAAUAAUAAAUGUGCGGAGCUUUUUUUAAAUGCGCCAAUCAAUUAUCGAUUUAGUGAUUUUGAUCUUACGUCACGAUUUAUGUUGGUACUGCAGUGGCAGCGACGCCAUUUUGCGUUUUGCUUUCGUGGUGAAAUAGUGCUGCUUAUCACCAUCAAAGUCAACGAAAUUGAAGCAAAUUUUGUGAUUUUUUUGAGAAAAUCCACCAAAAUGACGGCCCACGAUCAGAUGAGGGCGAUGUUAGAUCAGUUAAUGGGUACCGGACGUAACGGUGAAACCACAAAAUACCAAGUGAAAUUUAAUGAUCCAAAGGUGUGCAAGUCGUUUUUGUUGGGUUGUUGCCCCCAUGAGAUCCUUACAUCCACGCGCAUGGACUUGGGGGAAUGCCCGAGAAUCCAUGAUUUGGCCUUAAGGGCUGAUUUUGAAAAAGCCCAAGCUUCCAAGGACUACUUUUAUGACUUGGAUGCAAUGGAACAUUUGCAAGCUUUCAUCAGCGACUGCGAUCGUCGCACAGAGGCAGCUAAACAACGACUUGCGGAAACACAAGAAGAACUUUCGGCCGAAGUUGCGGUCAAAGCAAACAGUGUCCACGAAUUAGCUGAACAAAUCGGUCAGAAACUCGCAAAAGCGGAACAGCUUGGAGAGGAGGGAUUUGUGGAUGAGAGCAUGAAGUUGAUGGAAGAAGUAGAUGAAUUGAGAAAAAGAAAACUCGAAGCCGAGCAAGAGUAUCGCAAUUCAAUGCCGGCAAGUAGUUACCAACAGCAGAAGCUGAGAGUGUGCGAAGUUUGUUCAGCUUAUCUUGGCAUUCAUGACAACGAUAGACGUCUAGCUGAUCAUUUCGGGGGUAAACUACACCUUGGAUUCAUCAAGAUUCGCGAAAAAUUAGCGGAGCUUGAGAAAACUGCAGAAAAAAGAAAAGAGGAGAAACGGAAGACGAGAGACAGAGAUCGCGAUGACCGAGACGAUAGGUAUCGAGAGAGACACCGUGAACAGUACGUGGGAGGACGUGAGCUUGAUCGCAGAUCUAAAAGACAUCGCUCCAGGUCAAGGGAUCGCAAAGACAGGGAGAGGAGCGAUCGUGAACGCGACAACAGGAGCCGUUCUCAUCGGUCAAGAUCCAGAAGUCGUGAACGUCGUUCACAUUCACGUCACUCGAGUUCAAGCGAUAAAAGACGAGAUCGCGAAAGAGAUUGAAAGUGUUUUACUCUUAAGUAAUAUAUUUUUGUAAUAUAUUAUUUUAGUGCAAAGUAGUUUUAAUGUAAGUUGUGGUUUUGAUUAUUGGAAAAAAUGUCAUUAAUGAGAUAUCUUGUUUUUGCUCUUUAAUUAUUAUAAUAAUAACUUGGUUCAAUAAAAUUCGCAAAAGGC